UUACUGCCGGAUAAUUUCCGGAGAAUAAUUAAAAACAUGUUGAAAUCGAUCGCGUUCUCGCUCGCGAUACUCGUAUGCCUCGCGUUCGCUGAAAAAAACUACAAAAAUUACGCCAAACAUGGCGUAUGCGGCAAAUCCUUCGUCAUGUCGCUCAGAAUCAUAGGAGGCGAGAGGGCCAAAAGGGCCGAAUUUCCCUGGAUGGUAUCCAUAAUGAGAAGGGGCAAUCACUUUUGCGGCGGCAGCAUCAUCUCCGAGAGGUUCGUACUCACCGCCGCCCAUUGCUUCUGCAGCGGCUUGGACGACGACGAUUUCUACUCGCCCAGAAGCGUAAAAUUGCGCAUAGGCCACCACAAAUUGGCCGAGGAAAUGCGCGAAGGCUUCACGGCGCACGUCAAGUCCAUCGUCAUCCACUCGGGCUACAAAUGCAACGUGGCCAAAGACGACAUAGCCCUGGUGGUGUUGGAAAAGGACCUGGCCUGGUCGGCCACGGUGGCCCCCGUGUGCGUGUCCAGGACCAAGGACGAAUUGACCGGCGGCGGCCACGUAACGGUGGCCGGAUGGGGAUGGACUUCGCAGGAUUUCGCCACAGGGGAACGUUCGAACGCGCUGCGCAAAGCCCGGUUGAGGAUGAUCGAUUUGGACGAUUGCAGGAGUUGGUACAAGGCCGAGAAGAAGAGCCUGAAGAUUUUGAACAGCCACCUGUGCGCCGGUUACAAGAGCGGAGGGAUCGAUGCUUGCUGGGCCGACAGCGGAGGACCUUUGAUGAAACCGGUGGGAUCGUCAACGGAUCAAAUGAUGAUCGUGGGCAUCGUAUCGACUGGAAGAGGUUGCGGUUUGGCCAAUUUGCCGGGCAUUUACACCAUGGUGUCCCAUUACAUCCCGUGGAUCGAUGGCGUUAUGGAAACGUUCCCGAAUAAAUAAUUACGAUAAAAUUACGAGUACGAUUUAUUGCAUCGACAUUUCCU